CGGCUGCGCGCGCUCCUGUCGAGCCCCAUGUCCCGCGAGAACGGCUUCGACUGGCCGCUGCACCCGCUCCAGUGCCUGACAUGGGCCCUGUUUCCGACGAUCCUCUUCGACUUCUACUUCGUGCUGCUCCCGGUCGUGCCCGAGCCCUGGCGCUGGGCGGCGUGCGGCGUCUACAGUUGCGUCGCGGGCGUGACGUUCGCGAGCGCGUGGAUCACGGCGGCCGUGGACCCGCGGGACCCGCACGUGCGGCGCGAGCCCGCGGGCGGGCGGAGCGGGCGCGAGCUCGGCGGCGACUUCGAGGGCCGGCCACCGCGGGGGUCGCGGCUCGCCGCGUGCUGCGAGCCGCUCUCCACGUGCCUCUGCUACCUCUGCCAGGCCCACGUCUUCGCCUCCUCGAAGCACUGCCGCUUCUGCGACAAGUGCGUGCUCCGCUUCGACCACCACUGCAAGUGGCUCAACACGUGCGUCGGUUCCAAGAACUAC